AUGGCCCGCUCGCGCUCCGCGCUCGCCGCGGCGGCCCUCGCGCUCGCCGCGGCCCUCUGCGCGGGCCUCGGCGCCGCCGCCUUCCUGACCCCGCCCGCGCGCGGCCGCGCCCCCCCGCGCACGGCGGGGCCGGCCGGUGCCCGCGCGCCGCAGGAGGCGGCGGGCGCCGGCGGCGGUGGCGCCGCCCUCGCGGCGCGCGCCGCCAGCGCCACGGCCUUCUCCGGCGCGACGCUGCUGCCGGCCCUGCUGCUGAGCGCCCGCGCCACGGUGAGCGUGUGCGCCGCCGUGGCGCGCCACGCCAAGGCGCCCGUGUCCGAGUACGGCGCUCCCUCGGGCGUGCGCAACUUCCAGGAGAUGACGCUCGGGUUCACCUCGGACAUCGCGAAGAACAACCUCGGGGAGUCGUUCUACCGGCCCUGGGUGCCGUUCGUGACCACGAUCUUCCUCUUCAUCUUCGGCUCCAACUGGUCUGGGGCGCUGGUGCCGUGGAAGCUGCUGGAGCUUCCGGAGGGCGAGCUCGCGGCGCCCACCAACAAUAUCAACACUACCGUGGCACUGAGCUUGCUGACCUCGAUCGCCUACUUUGGCGGCGGCUUGGUGAAGAAGGGCCUCGGGUACUUCGCGCGAUACGUCAAGCCCACGCCCAUCCUGCUGCCAAUCAACAUCCUCGAGGACUUCACCAAGCCGCUCAGCCUGAGCUUCAGGCUCUUCGGGAACGUGCUCGCGGAUGAGCUCACCGUGGCAGUCCUCACCUUCCUGGUUCCCUUCGUCAUCCCCCUGCCCAUCAUGGCGCUGGGCAUCUUCGCGGGCUCAAUCCAGGCGCUGAUCUUCGCCACUCUUGCGUCGGCGUACAUCGCCGAGGCCAUCGAGUGGCUGCCCGAGGCCCUUGUAGACUUCACCCCGAAGGCGCGGAAGCGCAAGCAAACCAAGAAGGUGGAGCGGUGGGUGCGGAAGAACAAGCUGGACCAGAAGGUAUUGGCUGGCCUGCUGAGGUGGCGGAACAAGCAUGACGGCCCCGACGCCUCCGCCGCCGGGUGGGGCAGGGAGGCCCUCCGCCCCUCGCCGGCCUGCGCCGCGCUGCGCGCUGGCCGCGUGGCGGCGGCCGCCGCCGCCGUGCUGCCGGCGGGGGGCGCGGGCGGCGCGCGGCCCCACUGCGCCCGCGUGCUGGUCGCGGGAGGGCGUCGGCGGGGGCGCCCCGGGCGCAGCGGGCCUGGGCGCGGUGCAGAAGGCGAUGCGGCCGACCAGGCCGCGGAGCCUGGCGCCGACGGCGGCUACCGCGAGGCGCUGGUCCAGGUCGGCAAGGCGCUCGGCGUGGACAGCAAGACGACGGAGUCGGGCGCGCAGGCCCUCUCGUGCGCGAUCACCAGGAAGGUGGAUUUGCUCAUCGCCACGAUCGAGUCGUUGGAGCGGCGUGCGGCCGAGGCGGAGGACAGGGAGGAGAGCUGCGAGGUCGAGAGUCUGCAGGCCGUCCAGGCUUUCGACGAGGUGAAGGGCCAGCUGACGAAAAAGGUCAUUCAAGCGGAGGCACGCGCCUUCACCACGGACAUGAAGAGCGCCGCGCAGGAGCUGAUGGUGCCUUUCAGCGAGGUCAACGCCACUCUGGUGCAGCUCAACAAGGAUACAAAGAUAGAGUGCGACCAGGCCGUCCGGGAGAAGGAGGCCGUGGAGGGCAAGCUGGAGGCCGUGCGCGAGGAGCUGCGGCAGGCGCGGGGGCGCGUCGACCUGCUGCUGGGCGGCCUGCGGGACGUGGGCAAGUCGGUUGGCGUCGGCGGCAUCGGGGGGAUCAUGGCGCUGGUGAUGAGCGACGAGGACCUCAUCUCCGAGACCAAGGAGAAGGUCCGCAGAAAGUGA